CAACUGCAAUUCUGACACAAACAAGCCUCGGCUUUGCCACACCUCUUGCGGGGUCUCGGUAAAUCCAUUUCAAACGCUAUGCCUUGACGAUCCAUCAACGUCCUGGAGUUCAAGUAAACACAGUACGAAUUACUUUUUGAUCAUUCGAAUACAUCGUACGGUCUUUUCUCAAGAAACAUAUUUGUCUUCUUUGUAAGAUAUCUGGACAGCCGACAACAAAAAUGGCAUCAGAUCUCAAAACCCAACCUCCAUCCUCAGAUGCCUUCCUCAUCUCAUAUCCCGCACCAUAUAUCCUCCUCAUAACAAUCAAUAGACCUAAGGCCAGAAACUCUCUGCCAUACCAAGCACACUGGGAUGCUGAUGCAAUACUGAAUUGGUUUGAUGCUGAACCUUCUCUCCGCGUAGCAAUAAUCACCGGCGCUGGUCCAACAGCUUUCUGCGCUGGCCAGGAUCUCAUCGAGCAAGCAAAAAUCCGGGCUUCGCCACCUCCAGCAGCUUUACGUCGACACCCUCCCUCCGGAUUCGCCGGUAUCAGUCGGAGGGCCGGAAAGAAACCUAUCAUUGCGGCUGUGAACGGAUUUGCUCUUGGUGGGGGAUUCGAGAUUUGUUUGAACUGUGACAUCGUAGUCGCCUCUCCUACUGCUUCCUUCGGCCUCCCAGAAGUGACAGUCGGUCUUUACGCAGGAGCUGGUGGUCUUCCUCGCAUCGCUCGUAUUGCAGGUUUUCAGAUCGCAUCUGAAAUCGCUCUUACUGGCCGUCGCCUCACUCCGCAAGAAGCUCUCUCCUACCAACUCAUCAACCGCAUCUCCAGCAGUCCCGAAACCGUCAUAAAGGAAGCGGUAGAAAUCGCCCAACGCAUCGCAAGUCUCAACCCUGACGCAGUGAUUGUCACGAAAGCGGGGAUUAGAGAAGCAUGGGAGACAGGCAGUGUGGAGGAAGCAUUUAGACGCACUGGAGAGCGGUACGAGAAGGCGCUUUUUGAGAGUCCAAAUAUGAUGAUUGGACUGGAGGCUUUUGCGGGGAAGAAGAAUCCGAAGUGGGUGCCGAGUAAGCUUUGA